CAAGCCUUCCAGUCGGGUCUGCCCAGCCGUGGCCACAAUGAUCUGUAGGACCGCGUUUCCAUUUUAGCUCAGGAACUCUCUUUGUCGUACCCGGCGCUCGGUCAGAAUUGUCCAGACGGAUGGCGCAGCUGCUUUACUCCGCACGCCACGACGGAGCAAGUUUCUCUGCCCAAAUACCUACUGUACCUAGCAUCUGCCUGCCACCUAGGUAAUCGACCAAUACCAAUACCCCAGACCUUUUUGCCGUCUCGUUGGCAUCGAGGCGAUUUAUUGACAAAAGACAACCUCAACCCUCCUCUUUCCCUUCUGCUGGCGUCACCUUGAUCCAUUUUUUUCUCGCCCAAGCUUCGGACCGGCCGACCACCUGCCCUAGCCACCCUCGCCAGCCUGGCCGUCGCUCGCUAUCCUUGGCUCUCAGUCGGCCUGUCCGCCCCAUCGGCGGUAGCCAUGGCUGGCAACGAUCUUGCCUUCCGCACCACCAGGGAGCUAAAGGACCUGCCCGACCCCGCGGAUCAGAAUCUCCAGUUCGAGGCGACCACCCGAGACGGCCGCAGCACCACCGUCGUCCGCGACGAGCACGGAAACAUCGCAUACCCGGCCUUUGUGCCGCCACAGACGGAGGACUUUCAAGCAAAGCCCGCCGCAGGCCCAGCGAAGCCCGGCAAUGACGAGUUCUUGGGGCAGCCCCCGCGCAAGACGCGCUCCGACCCGCUCGAGCGCGUCGCCGCAGACCUGAGGGAAGAGAACCUUCAACAAGAUCGCCCCUCGACCGAGAGGAGGUCUCUGAGCGAGACCGCCCCGAAAGGCCCAGCUCGCCAGUACUCGGCCCUCCCCACCACCCUCCGCAGGGCUGGCACCAACGUGUCCGAGACGCGGACGGCCCUUUGGGCUCGUGCCCACGACGAACACGGCGACACCAGCAGCUCGUCAUCUUCAGAGGACGAAGAGCCCACCAACGAGCCACGUCACGGCCUUCGUCGUGGCGCCAAGACGAGAACACAUACCAAGACAGAUGACUCGUUUGGGAGGUUCCGGGUGGGCAACGAGAACUAUCACACCAAGGGCAAAAUCAAGAGGGACGGUCGCCUGAGAAUUUCGGUCAACGACACCAGCAGCACGGGAUACCUGGCCAAGGCCAUCGGCUCCGCCGUGAAAAAAGUUGUCCCGAAGCCCAAGGAGGGAGGGGGGGCGUAUGGUCUGGAGGUCCCAGACGAGGAGCGAGAAGCCAAUGAGCUAGCGAAGAAGCCUAGCACGUCGAGGCGGUCAUCAGCGACGACGGCCGUUCUGGAAAACGUGCCGUGUCCUAAACUCAACAUUGUCAUCAUGGUAAUCGGCUCACGCGGCGACGCCCAGCCCUUCCUCAAGAUCGGCAAGGUGCUCAAGGAGCAGUAUGGCCAUCGCGUCCGUAUCGCGACCCACCCGGCCUUCAGGGAGUUCGUCGAGAAGGACUCGGGACUCGAGUUCUUUUCCGUGGGCGGUGAUCCUUCGGAGCUUAUGGCUUUCAUGGUCAAAAAUCCGGGCAUGAUUCCCACCUUGGAGACUGUCAAGGCAGGCGACAUCGGUCGCCGCCGAGCUGCCAUGGCGGAGAUGUUUGAGGGCUUCUGGAGGGCGUGCAUUCACUCAACCGAUGAUCCCAAGGACACUCAGAACCUGCGUCUCAUGGGGGACAAGGAUCCUUUCAUCGCAGACGCCAUCAUCGCGAACCCUCCCAGCUUUGCCCACUACCACAUCGCCGAGGCUCUUGGGAUUCCUCUGCAUCUCAUGUUCACAUUCCCAUACACGCCGACCCAAGCGUUCCCACACCCUCUCGCCAGCAUCAAAACGUCCAACGUCGACCCGGGCUACACCAAUUUCAUCUCGUAUCCCUUGGUCGAGAUGAUGGUUUGGCAGGGGCUUGGCGACCUGGUCAACGACUUUCGCGUGAAGACGCUCGGGCUGGACCCUGUCUCGACUCUAUGGGCGCCUGGUGCUACAUAUCGUCUUCAUGUCCCCUUCUCGUAUCUCUGGAGCCCUGGCCUCGUGCCAAAGCCUGAGGACUGGGGCGACGAGAUAGACGUCUCAGGCUUUGUGUUUCUCGAUCUAGCCUCAUCAUUCGAGCCGCCUGAGGAUCUGGUCAAGUUUCUUGAUUCUGGGGAUGCCCCGAUCUACAUCGGGUUCGGCUCCAUCGUUGUCGACGACGCCGAUCGCUUCACCGAGAUGAUAUUCGAGGCUGUCAAACUUGCCGGCGUGCGAGCCCUGGUCUCCAAAGGCUGGGGAGGCCUGGGAAACGAGAACAUUCCCGAUAACAUCUUCAUGCUGGAAAACACGCCGCACGACUGGCUGUUCCCUCGCGUCAAAGCCUGCGUCAUACACGGCGGCGCUGGUACCACGGCGAUCGCGCUCAAGUGCGGUUUGCCCACCAUGGUCGUCCCCUUUUUUGGCGAUCAACAUUUCUGGGGAAGCAUGCUUGAGCGCUGCAGUGUGGGCCCACCGGCGAUUCCGUACAAGAGCUUGUCGGCGGAGAAGCUCGCUGAAGGCAUCAAGUAUCUUCUCACGGACGAGGCGAAGGAGGCGGCAGGCGAGAUUGCGAGAGACAUUGAGCUCGAGGGCGAUGGCGCCGAGAACGCGUGCCGGUCUUUCCACAAGCACCUCACCCUUCAGGGCAGCCACUCCAUGCGCUGCUCCAUACUCGAAGACGAAGUCGCGGCCUGGCAUAUCAAGCACACAAACAUCCGCCUGAGCGCCCUGGCGGCUGAUAUCAUUGCAGGGAGGGGUUUGGUGCCCUGGCGCAAGCUCAAGCUCAUCCGUCACCAAGAGUGGAACGACUUUGAGGGGCCGGGCGAGCCCGUGACAGGCCUCGCUGGCUCUGUGGUGACGUCCAUCUCGGAUGUUGUCACCGGGGUUGGAGGGGUCCCUGUGCGCAUCGCCAAAAGCUCCAGCAAGCGGAAAGAGAAGAAGAAGAAGCGACAGGAGGCGAAAGCCAAAGCCAAGGACGCCAAGCAGCAAGAGAAGGAUGGGAAGAAAAAGGAGUCGAAUCAGGACGUCAGUUCGGCGCCCAAAUCUCCCACAGAGGCCACACCCCCUAAGGACAUAGAUGCGCAAGACCAUGCGCAGCCAUCCAAGGAACCACCGUCUCAAGCUCCAAAGCAGCAUCAAAGCAACGACGACGCCAGUUCAAUACACACGACUGGGACGGCUGACACAUCCGAGACCAAUCCUGCCGAGGAUGUUGCCAAAAACGUGGGCAAGGGCGUGGGCAAAUCGGCUCGUGCCUUGGCCAAGGCUCCUGUAGACAUAUCUAUGGCUGUGGCUCAAGGGUUUCACAACGCGCCCCGGCUCUACGGCGACGACACGGUACGCCGCCCACUCCGGGUGACGGGGAUACGGUCAGGCUUGAAGGCCGCAAAGCUCGAGCUUGCGUACGGACUCUAUGACGGAUUCACGGGCGUGGUGCGUCUGCCAGUCCGCGGGGCGCGGGACGGUGGAGGCAAGGGCUUUGUCAAGGGCGUCGGCAUGGGUGUCACAGGUUUCUUCCUGAAGAAUCUGUCGGCCAUCAUCGGGCCCGGCGCUUAUGCGCUCAAGGGAGUGGCCAAGGAGCUCGAACGAGGCAAGACACCAACAAAGCAUGUGCGCCGCGCCCGCAUCAUCCAGGCGCAACGAGCACAACGCCGUCUUUCCAAAGAUGACUACAUCUCUCUGCAGAAGCGGGUGGUCGAGGGCUGGGGCGUGCUGCGGGAGCUCACGCGAGCGCUCGAGGAGGCCCAGCGAAUCCAGAAGGGCGGCCUCGCCGGCAGGCUCAGCGCUCGCCGGCGCAGGGGGAUCGGGGCCGCGUUCGAGAGCGUCGAGAUUGCGCGCCGCGCGCUCGAGGCUGUCAAGCGCGGCGACCUCGAGGCCGUUGUCGAGCGCGGGGCGCAGCGCCAGGACGACGGCAAGGGCAAGGUGGAGAGGAAGGUCAAGAGGGAGCACAAGAAGAUGGCGUCGGAACACGCUGGCGAGAAGAGGAAGGAGACGAAGGAGCGCGAGGACGACGAGGAGAAGGAGCGUGAAAAUGCGGACAUGGCCGACAAAGACGAGCAAGGGGCCGGUCCCGCCGACGCCGAUGCUGGAGAGGGGUCCUCCACAAGCGGGAAAGACAAACAUGGCCAGGUCAACGGCACGCAGCCUUCGCCCGAGAAGGCCACGGCCGACGCCGGAAAGACGAAGGAGGUCGGAGGCGAGAACGAGAUUGCAAAAGCGGACUUUGCCCCUGAAAGCCCGCUCGCGAGUGCGGACCAGAAGAAGAUUGGGGGAGAAGUCGGGGCGGCUGCAGUCAACGGCAAGGCCUAGAACGAGGUCUUACGCAUGCAAUUGUGGUGCCCCUUGACAAGCAGCAAACAGGAAAAAAAGAAAAAGAGAGAGUUUGACGCAUGAGCCAGCACGGUGUUUUAUUGUUUCUUCUGUCUAGUCAGCCAGCAGACGGUCAAUACGGGCGGGUUUUCUAUCCUGGAAAGAGCACGACUGGUUACUUUAUACCCCCUUUCCACUUUCACCACAUGUAUUCUUCUUUACCUCCUUUUUCCUAUCCUUGACCGUGGAACCAUGAGCAACAAUUGGCUGGAAAUAGCGAUCCGUCUGUGCAUACAAUUCGAGUAACAAGAUAAUGUCUGUAUGGUUGGUUACAACAAACUGCUCCGGGGUAUCUUCGGUCACUCUCUGUAUGGAAGUCGACUUGACAAAAGUAAAGCAGGUGACGUGAAACAGGCCCGGUCCGUUUGGGGGUAAGAUGGAAUGCGUUCGUUCGGAUAUCUAGUUCUUGAGCAAAGCUGAAAUAACAAAAGGGGGGGGGGGUUAAAAUAAGCAACACUUCGCCAUCGGCUAUAA